AUGGACGCCACAGAAAACGACGUGGAAGUAUCUGAUGACGACCUCAUGGCUCAGAUGGGCUUCUCAUCCUUCGGCGCUGCAUCACCACCUUCCAAGCGCCGUCGCUACAAUCCAAAUGCAGAUGCUCUACUGCCGUCCAAGUCAUCGGCAACCGGCGCAAACUCCACGGCUUUGGGAACCGGCUCAAACAAGGAUGAGAUUUCGCUGGACGACGACAACGAAGGAAAUGCCAACCCAGAACAGAAAGUGCCAGCGCAAGCGCGCCCGGCUAGCCUACCCCAGAGACCUGCUCCGGCGCAAGCCACGCCUCAAGGCCAGCACUCAGGCGCACAUGGGGCCAGGGGUAACAAGUUCACUGGUUACUACGACCGCCUGUCUAACGAGAACCCCUGGGAAAAGAUCGAGAAGGCCCGGGGCUUGACGACAAGAGGAACGUGGAUCACUCGAAAUGCUGGGAACGCUGCGACGACAGGUGAUGCUCCUGCUUGA